ACGAGUCGUACGGCCAUGAUCACGGCGCGGAAAUCAGAGACUCCACACUUGUCAUCAUUGUCCGCUGACAGAGUCCAGCAGAGGAGUCCACCUUCUCCCUCUUUCUCUCCGAAGCCCCACAUAAAACUCCAAAAUUCACACACCCAGCAGCGCACCCAGCGCACCCCCUCCCCUCUCCUCCUCUUCCUACUAUUUGAAAAUUCAAAUGCUCCUCCUCUCCUCUCCUCCUCCGAAUUCAACCCUUCAAUGACGAUGACGAUGAUGACGAUGAAGAAGUCACCGCCGAUCCCGGCGCGCCACGUCAUCAGGUUGAGCUGGAAGCUGGUGAUCGUCCUCUCCGUCGCGCUUUGCGUAUGGGCCUUGUUCCGGCUCCACUCGCAGCCCGACCUCAUUUCCUCUUCUCCGUCUUCGUUGGUCGUAGCGAGAUCUCGAAUUUCCCGCCACGGCAGAAGCUUCACCGGCACUCCGAAGAUCGCGUUCCUUUUCCUAGCCCGCCGUAGCCUCCCGCUCGAUUUUCUCUGGGGCAGCUUCUUCGAGAAUGCUGAAGCGCCGAAUUUUUCGAUUUACAUUCACUCGGCGCCUGGUUUUGUGUUCGAUGAGUCGACGACGCGGUCUCAUUUCUUUUACGGCCGUCAAUUGACGAAUAGCAUACAGGUGGGUUGGGGAGAAUCGAGUAUGAUCGAAGCGGAGAGGCUGUUGUUUGCAACAGCUCUUGGGGAUCCCGCAAAUCAAAGAUUUAUACUCCUUUCUGAUAGUUGUGUUCCUUUGUACAACUUCAGCUAUGUAUACAGUUAUAUGAUGGCUUCUCGUAGGAGUUUUGUGGACAGCUUUCUUGACGUAAAGGAGGGCCGCUACAAUCCUAAAAUGUCACCUUACAUACCAAAAGAAAAAUGGCGAAAAGGAUCCCAGUGGAUUGCUUUGGUACGAAGCCAUGCAGAAGUCCUUGUGGACGAUGAUGUUGUUCUUCCAGUGUUCAAAAGUUUUUGCAAGCGUCGCCCGCCUGUGGAUGUCAGAAAGGGAAAGCUGAAUCUUAAACUUCAGAAGCAGCACAACUGUAUCCCAGAUGAACACUACGUGCAGACACUGCUUGCGAUGAGUGAGCUUGAAGGCGAACUUGAGCGAAGGACAUUAACCUAUUCGUUGUGGAACAAUUCUGCUGCAACUAAAACCGAGAGUAAAGGCUGGCAUCCUAUGACUUUCAACCACGCAAAUGCGGCGCCUAAAAAAAUAAAAGAAAUAAAGGAUGUCAACCACGUAUACUAUGAGACAGAAUACCGGACAGAAUGGUGUCGUGUCAAUUCAACAUACGUUCCUUGUUUCUUAUUCGCAAGGAAAUUCUCACCGGGAGCUGCCAUGCGCCUUCUUAGCGGGGGAGUAGUCGGUCAAUUUGAUACCUCUGCACUGUUAAAUCCGCCACCAUGAUCAUAUACUUGCAAGUUCUUACCGAAGCUCACUGACUGUUAGAUGACACAAACUAUAAUCUGGGCGAAGUAGAAAGCCCACUAGAGGUUUACAGAUACCAUACUCACCCACACGACAGAUUUCGAUACCAAGUGCAGAAGAAAGGUUGGUCGAUGCGGCUGAUCAUCUUUGUUCAAAGAUGAUGAGUUUACUCUUGUAAGAGAGAUGAUAGGAAUUGGAUAUCUUCGAGUGUAUCCGGUUAAAUUUUCGUUCUGUAAGCUCCAGCGGAAUUGAAUGUCAUGGAUUUCUGUUGUGACCCAUAAAGAAUGUAGUUAACGAGUUCCGAAAUUAAUCAUUCAACUCUCGUUGUCAA